GCCCUGGAAUGUAUACACUGUCUCCCUGCCCAGCAGCUCUUUCACAAAGCUCUAGAAAACUGUGAAAGUGCCUUUAGCAUAAACAAACCCAGAACUCCCCCAGGACAAAGCAUUUGCCAGCUGAAGGAAAGGCCUGGGUUUAUGAUUUCACUUGGAGCCAGAGGUGAAAACUCCGGAGGGGCCAGCUGGACCAGGCAUCGGUGGAUAUCCCUGCAGCAAGACAAGAUUAUAUGAGGAUGUUAUUUGCCUGCUACCUUUCAGAGUAACCAGAACCAAAAAGAGGUGUCGGCUGUGAGGCCUGGAGGGUGGGUGGCCUGUCUUCCCAGCCUUUGCUGAGCGAUAUACUUGGUGCCACCCACACGCAUCCAUCCCGGGAGUGGACAGAGAUGCUCUAAGUCUCGGAGCCACUGAGGCCAAACCCUCCAGCACGUGCCUCCUCUUGGGACUUCUCCCGCUCUUUGCAGGAUGGACGAGGAGUCUCCAGACGGGCUGCUCUUCAAAGACCACGACUUCUCCUCGGACUUGUUGAGGCAGCUCAAUGGCUUAAGACAAAACGGAAUCCUGACGGAUGUGAUCCUCUGUGUCGAGGCCUGGGAGGUUCCCUGCCACCGAAACGUGCUGGCCUCCAGCAGCCCUUAUUUCAGGGCCAUGUUCUGCAGCAACUUCCGGGAGAGCGAAGAGGCCAAAGUCCAGCUGAAGGGCAUCAACUGCACGACGCUGGACCAGCUGGUCCUGUAUGUGUACACCGGGGAGGUGCGCAUCGCCACGGAGAACGUCCUGCCCCUCAUGGAAGCUGCCUCCAUGCUGCAGUACCCCAAGCUGUUCGAGGCCUGCUCCUCCUACCUGCAGAGCCAGCUGACCCCCAGCAACUGCCUGGGCAUGAUCAGACUCUCGGACAUCUUCAGUUGUGAGACCCUCAGGAAAACGGCCAGGGAGGUGGCCCUGACAUGUUUUCCAGAGGUGGCCAUGUCAGCUGACCUGAAGGAGCUGUGCGCCUUGGAAUUGAGAGACUACCUGGGGGAUGACGGGCUCUGCGGGGAGGAGGAGAAGGUGUUUGAGGCCUUCAUGGUUUGGGUCAAGCAUGACCUCCAGGCCCGGAAGCGGUAUGUACAGGAACUGUUCAAGCUGGUCAGGCUCCCGUACAUCCACCCGGCCUUCUUCCACCACUUCAUCGCCAACGACGCCCUCCUUCAGUCCUCGCCCUCAUGCCAGAUCAUCUUGGAGACGGCCAAGAGGCACCUGUUUUCUUUGUAUGGCACCCCCAGUGUCCCAGACCUCCAACCUCCAUGGCACGUCCCCCCAAGAAACUCUUACCAAGAUUUCCUCAUCCUCUUGGGUGGACGGAAGGACAACCAGCAGACCACCAGGGACGUUCUGCUCUACAACAGACAGACUGGCCAAUGGCAGAGCCUUGCCAAGCUCCCCACUCGGCUCUACAAGGCCUCAGCUGUCGCCUUGCACCGCAGCGUCUACGUGCUGGGAGGCAUGGCGGUCAGCACAGAGACAAGUGUCCCUAGUCACCAUGUCUACGUCUUCUCCCUGAAACUCAAUCAGUGGAGGCUGGGACAGCCCAUGCUGGCAGCCCGCUACUCCCACAGAAGCACUACCCAUAAGAACUUCAUCUUCUCCAUCGGGGGGAUUGGAGCAGGGCAGGAGGUCAUGAGCUCCAUGGAGAGAUAUGACAGUGUCUGCAACGUCUGGGAGAGUAUGGCCAGCAUGCCGGUGGGGGUUCUGCACCCUGCAGUCGCUGUGAAAGACCAAAGACUCUACCUCUUUGGGGGAGAGGACAUCAUGCAGAACCCUGUGCGCCUUAUCCAGGUCUAUCACAUUGCCAGAAACACGUGGUUCAAAAUGGAGACAAGAAUGAUCAAGAACGUGUGUGCCCCCGCCGUGGUGCUUGGGGAGCGGAUUGUCAUCGUGGGAGGUUACACAAGGAGAAUUCUAGCUUAUGACCCUCAGUCCAACAAAUUCGUCAAGUGUGCCGACAUGAAAGACCGGAGGAUGCACCACGGGGCCGCGGUGAUGGGGAAGAAGCUCUACGUGACGGGCGGGCGGCGGCUGACCACAGACUGCAGCAUCGAGGACUCGGCCUCCUUUGACUGCUACGACCCCGAGACAGACACCUGGACAUCCCAGGGACAGCUGCCUCACAAGCUCUUCGACCAUGCCUGCCUUGCUCUCCAGUGCAUUCCCUACACUUCCACCUUACGAUGAGGUCGACAAGAAACUCAGACAUCACCUGUCUUAGCUGAGAUGCUCUUGUUACAAGAGAGCACUCAACAACCAAAAAGCUUAACCCUAAAAGGGUGCGGGGAGAGCUCACGGGAUGGAAAGUUCCAGAGUCUGGGGGCCUGGAACCAGGCAUAUUGUUGGCAAAACUCACACACUUUGUCUGUCUGUCUCUCUCUCUCUCUGGCUUUAUCCUACAAACAAGCAUCUUUAUCCACACAGUGUCCCUGAGGACAGUGACAACUGAUAAAUCCAGACUCACAUUUUCUAGCUUUGCAUCUUCAGGUGAAGCUUUAUCAUUGCCACACAAUAACCCUAAAAAAACUACCAGUGCUGAUCAGCCCCUUUUGAACCCAUGCCAGUGUCUUAAGCUGAUCACUGUUUCCUGGGAGACCCUGCAAGCAGUGAUUCUCGUUGACACCCUCCCUAAAGUGCACAGUGGUGGCUCCUCAAAGGAAGCCACGCUGGCCUGACCAUAGCCACAGCUGCCCAGAGUACCCCGGAAACCAGGAACCAGAAGGCUGAGAGACCCAGGAGUCUGGGAGCACCUGGUCCAGGCGGCAGCGUGAGCAGCUGGCCAUGGUAGUGUUUCCCUGAUCCCAGGGAUGCAGCGCAUUGGAAUUCCAGAAAGUACGAGAACUCACGAUCCAGUGUUUGCAGCAUUGUCUGUGCUGCCAGAAUAAAGUUUGCUUCUGUUGCCAA